UUUCAGCUGAUCCAAAUCGUGGAGGUGCUCAAUUAGCUAAGCGCGAGCCUUGAGAUGCAGGUCCUAACCAGGUUGCUAAGGCUACGUUGAAGCUUCAAACGUGAUGAAAAGCGAUGAUUUGACCUCUAUCCGAAGGCGACGGGAAGUAUCCCAAUUAAUUCCCUCCGUUACGGCGUUUAAUUUGUGUACAAAAAUGUGAGAAGCGUGGAAUUUGGGGUGAGAGGGACUUCGAUUGGUUGAUUGAAGGGCCAAAAACUCCACCGCCAGCGCAUCGGAACCUGAGGCAGCAUAAGACGCGGAGGGAGGCGACGGGAAGGGAAGGAGGAAGCUCUCGAGCUCGGACUGCCUUUUUAAGCGCGAUCCUACGACCCCCUCGGUCUUCCUGUCGGAGUCGGUGAGAAGCGCCUUCCGAUCGUGUUUGGUAAGGCGGGGAAACGGUAUAGAGAAUCAUGGCAACUGGAACAAUGCCUUCAUUGAUGACUGGCAUGACUGAUCGGCGGACCAGUGACUGCAAUUUGGGCUUCGUGAAGAAUGUAGACUUUGCUAGGAUUGCUUGUGCUCCUGGGCAACAAAGAAUGAAGCCUCAGAGAAGAAUUGCGUCUGCGAUCAGAAAUUCUUCCAAAUCUGGCUCUGAGAUUGUGGAGCUGGAGCCUGCUUCAGAAGGAAGUCCUCUCCUAGUUCCCAGGCAGAAAUAUUGUGAAUCUUUAUACAAGACCGUGAGGAGAAAGACUCGUACUGUGAUGGUAGGGAAUGUGGCCCUUGGCAGUGAGCAUCCCAUACGAGUUCAGACUAUGACCACUUCAGAUACUAAGGAUGUUGACAAGACUGUCGAGGAGGUGAUGAGAAUUGCAGAUAGAGGCGCAGAUUUGGUUAGGAUAACUGUCCAAGGGAGGAAAGAAGCUGAUUCAUGUUUUGAAAUUAAGAACAAACUUGUUCAGAAAAAUUAUGAUAUCCCCCUUGUCGCGGACAUUCAUUUUGCACCUGCAGUCGCACUAAAAGUAGCUGAAUGUUUUGACAAGAUUCGAGUCAACCCUGGAAAUUUUGCUGAUAGGCGUGCGCAGUUUGAGCAAUUAGAGUAUACCAACGAAGAAUAUCAAAAAGAGCUUGAACAUAUUGAAAAGAUCUUCACUCCAUUGGUUGAGAAAUGCAAGAAGUAUGGAAGGGCAAUUCGAAUUGGGACAAAUCAUGGUAGUCUUUCUGAUCGUAUUAUGAGCUACUAUGGAGAUUCUCCUAGUGGAAUGGUUGAAUCUGCCUUUGAGUUUGCAAGGAUAUGCCGGAAGCUAGAUUUCCAUAACUUUGUCUUCUCAAUGAAAGCAAGCAACCCAGUCAUCAUGGUUCAAGCCUAUCGUUUGCUUGUAGCUGAGAUGUAUGCUCUAGGUUGGGAUUAUCCUCUGCACUUAGGAGUUACUGAAGCAGGAGAGGGAGAAGAUGGACGGAUGAAAUCUGCUAUUGGUAUUGGCACCCUUCUUCAGGAUGGUUUGGGCGACACAAUCCGGGUGUCCCUGACUGAACCACCAGAGAAAGAGAUUGAUCCUUGUAAGCGGUUGGCUAACCUUGGAAUGCAAGCUUCAAAUCUCCAAAAAGGAACUGCACCAUUUGAGGAGAAACAUAGACGAUAUUGGGACUUCCAGCGUAGAACUGGUCAACUUCCAGUGCAGAAAGAGGGUGAAGAAGUAGAUUACCGAGGUGUUCUUCAUCGUGAUGGUUCUGUCCUCAUGCCAGUGUCUUUGGACAUGCUGAAGACACCAGAACUUCUUUACAAGUCUCUUGCAGCUAAGCUUGUGGUCGGAAUGCCUUUCAAGGACUUGGCAACGGUGGACUCUAUUCUUUUAAGAGAACUCCCUCCUCUGGAAGAUGUUGAAUCUAGGUUAGCUCUCAAAAGGUUGAUUGAUAUAAGCAUGGGCAUUAUAGUUCCAUUAUCCGAACAGCUGGCUAAACCACUUCUUAAUGCAAUUGUGCUUCUUAACCUCAAUGAACUUUCAACCGGGGCUCACAAGCUUUUGCCAAAAGGCACUCGAUUAGCUGUAACCGUUCGUGGGGACGAACCUUACGGGGAACUAGACGUCCUCAAGAAUGUUGAUGAUAUCACAAUGUUGCUACAUGAUCUUCCGUUAGUUGAAGAAAAGUUCAGCAGAGUUCACGCCGCAAGGAGGUUGUUUGAGUAUCUUGAAGAAAAUUCUCUCAACUUUCCAGUUAUUCACCAUAUCCAAUUCCUUAAAGGGAUCCACAGAGAUGAUCUGGUGAUCACAGCAGGGAGCAAUGCUGGUUCUCUUUUAGUCGAUGGCCUGGGAGAUGGUAUCCUACUUGAGGCGCCUGAACAGGACUUUGAGUUCCUGCGGGACACAUCCUUCAACUUACUUCAAGGUUGCAGAAUGCGCAACACAAAGACCGAGUACGUCUCCUGCCCAUCCUGUGGACGAACACUCUUUGAUCUUCAAGACAUAAGCGCCGAGAUUAGAUCAAAGACUUCACAUCUCCCUGGUGUUUCGAUUGCGAUCAUGGGUUGCAUUGUGAAUGGACCCGGAGAGAUGGCUGAUGCAGAUUUUGGUUAUGUUGGAGGUACCCCAGGAAAGAUUGACCUUUAUGUCGGGAAGACUGUGCUGAAGAGAGGUAUCCAAAUGGAGCAUGCAACUGAUGCUCUAAUUCAACUCAUCAAGGACCACGGCCGCUGGGUCGACCCCCCAACCGAAGAGUAAAUUUCUCACUCAGCAAUAGCGAGAUAGAAAAGAAUUUUUAUUUUUAUGUUUCCGUUUCAUAUUUUUCAGAACCUCAAACAUUAGUCGACAGAAUUUCCUUCUUGUACAAUAAACUCGAAUGCGUCCAUUGUUUGUGCAUA